AUGACCGGCACUCAAGUGCUGGACGACGAGCUAUCUGCAUCACCAAUCGAGGUUCGAGGCCCUCUGCAGUCAACGCGCAGCCCCAAGGAUGGCGAGCCGGAAGACUUAUUCGCAGAAAGACUCUUGGAAUGGCAGAAAAAUCGAAUACAGAGGCAGAUGAAAGGCGAAUAUAGGAGCCAGGUCUACCGUCUCAACGAACUUAUUGGAGGCAAUCUUUCUACUCCAUUGCGCAUCUCGGAAAUUCAGAUCCAAGGCGCGAAUAACACUCGUCCCGGAUUCUUGGCCCGUGUGGUGAAACCACAUCUCACAAACCCUGAUCCAUGCGAAGACCCGACGUUGGAGUCUGUUCUACACCAGACGCGUCAAAUAACAUACGCAUUGGCCAGGACCGACUUGUUCAAAAAUAUUGUUCCAGAACUUCAAACUCCCAAAGAUCCUCUAGCGUCUAUACAUGACGUUGAUAUUGUGUUCAAAUGUGAGGAGCGAGGUAGACUCAGCCUGAAGAGUGCAACCGAAGUCGGAAACGGGGACGCCACGGCGAGUGCAAACGCCAAAGUCAGAAACGCGUUUGGAGGAGCGGAGGACCUGGAAGGGAGCGUGUCGUUUGGAACAAAAACAAGGCAUACCUAUCGACUGGCUCUGUCUGCUCCAUUGACGGGGACGAUGCUCACACGAGGAGAGUUGUCGGCUUACGCGGUGGACAAUGACUAUCACGCCUGGGCGAGCUGCAAGGAGGGCCUCAAGGGCGUCAAAGCUGCGGUGUCUACAAUUACCGCACUUGGACAACAUGAAGUGUCAUAUCAAGCAGUCCUACGGCACAUACAUUCUCUAAAGGAUGAAGCGUCCUUGAGUACCCGACAAUCUGCUGGCACGACGCUAAAGUCUUCCCUCAACUAUACAUUCGUUCACGACACACGAGAUGACGCGAUAAUGGGCCAUAGAGGUGCAUAUCUCAAAUUCAACAGCGAACUGGCUGGACUUGGAGGCGAUAGCUCGUUCGCAAAAGUGGAAGGAGAGUCUCAAAUCUCUCGAAGGCUCCUCAAGGGCUUGCACGCUUCAUUGGCAGGGAGAGCGGGCCUCUUGUACUCCUUGGAUAAUAGACCCUCGAUUUUCAGCGACCGCUUCAAGUUGGGAGGACCAAUGAAUGUGCGAUCCUUCAGAUACAACUCAAUUGGCCCUCGCGAUCACGGCGAUGCUGUGGGUGGGGACGCGUAUUGGGCUGUUGGUCUCAGCCUCAUAGGCGACCUCCCGGGCAAAGCGCAUUGGCCAUUGAAGCCACAUGUAUACGUCAAUGCCGGGAAGCUUGAUAACAUUGACAGAGGUCGGACGACCAUUAUCAGAGCUGCCGAGCAGACUGGCAUCUCGACCAUCGGUCUCGGUAGGACUGGGAUUAAUAUAUCGGUUUGA